CCUGCCACCACUGGUUCUCGUUCUCAUCUCUAAUUUAAUUAGUAUAGAUUAGUGGUUUUCAACGCCAUCUCGAAUCGUGAUCAUCAAGAACGAAUAAGGGAUAAAACCGUUAAAUAAGAUAAUUGAUUAAACAAGAUUCGAAUAAACAAAUUAAAAUAGAACGUUACAUGUGUGUAUUCAUGGUACAUACAGUGUUAGUUUCGUUUUAGCUUCGUUGAGUUUAAUAUGUAAUUCGGGGUUAACCGUUCCCAACGUUUACGAGGUAUUUAGUAAAUACCUCGAGCUCGUAGCUAUAUCACUUUCAAUCGAUUAAAGUUAGCAUCAUUAUUAAAAUACACGUCACUGAAAACGAAGAAAUAAAAUGGACAAACCGGUGUCAUCGGACAUCGUCUUAAUCGCUGGUAACUCGCAUCCGGAACUAGCGAACCUGAUCGCAAAUCGAUUGGGAGUGAAGCAUGGGGCAUGUUCCGUGUACCACAAAUCGAACCGUGAAACCAUGGUAGAAAUCAGCGACUCGGUGCGCAGCAAGGAUUUAUACAUAAUCCAAACGGGGACCAAAGAUGUGAACAACAACAUAAUGGAGUUAUUAAUAAUGGCGUAUGCCUGCAAGACUUCGUCGGCUAAGAACAUAGUCGGAGUCAUCCCUUAUUUACCUUAUUCUAAGCAGUGCAAAAUGCGAAAGCGAGGUUGCAUUGUGUCGAAGCUGCUAGCGAAGAUGCUGUGCAAGAGCGGACUGACACAUAUAAUUACGAUGGACCUCCACCAGAAGGAGAUUCAAGGAUUCUUCGACGUGCCAGUAGAUAAUCUGAGGGCCAGCCCAUUCCUGUUACAGUACAUACAAGAAUCCAUUCCUGAUUAUCACAACUCGGUAAUAGUAGCCAGGAACCCGGGAAGUGCGAAGAAAGCGACAAGCUACGCUGAGAGGCUCCGUUUAGGAAUAGCAGUGAUUCACGGAGAACAGAGAGAGGCCGAAUCAGAUAUGAACGACGGACGUUACUCUCCUCCGGCAUUGGCUUCGAGGACUAUGGAAGUAGGCGUGGGAGUUCCAAUGCAUCCAGCUAAGGAGAAGCCACCGAUCAACGUUGUAGGAGAUGUGGGAGGUCGCAUCGCGAUUAUGGUUGAUGAUAUGAUCGACGACGUACAGUCUUACGUAGCUGCCGCGGAGGUUCUUAAGGAAAGGGGGGCGUACAAGAUCUACGUUCUUGCUACCCAUGGUCUUCUGAGCUCUGACGCCCCCAGACUGAUCGAGGAAUCACCGAUCGACGAGGUGGUGGUGACGAACACGGUGCCCCACGAUGUCCAGAAGAUGCAGUGUCCGAAAAUAAAGACAGUGGACAUCAGCAUCCUGCUGGCAGAAGCGAUCAGACGUAUUCACAACAAGGAAUCCAUGUCCUACUUAUUCAAGAACGUCACUUUGGAAGAUUAAACGGAACUACUAGGAAGAGCGCACCGAUCCAUAUUCGAACGAAUAAAAGCCGAGCGUUCAUUUAUCCGUGAUGAACCACGAGAGCACAGUCAUUUAACAGUGGUCGACCUCGACAGCGGACAUUGCAGUUUUAUCGAGUGGUCUAGAGACAGUUUAACGGGCUUCGAGGAUUGUCCACGGUCUAUGAGAUACAUAAACACGCGCGAUGCUGGAUUUAAUGUCUAUUAGAAGUUUCCGAUUUUGAAAUCCACAAAGAUUGUUCUGACGUUCUGACGCUUGUUCGUGCUUGUUUUAUUAUUAAUUAAGUGGAUUAUUAUAACAAUCGAUCCUUAUAAUUAGUAUUAGUUGCCACGUUAGUCUCGCCUAUAGACUUUUUAGUUUACAGACAGACUGGCUGUUACGAUGCAUUUUAAUCAUGUGAAACGGAUCAUUAAAUUGAUGAUAGAUUAUGAAGGAAGACAUGUUUACACACCUGUCACGAUUUCCAGCGAGAGACUCGUCUGACGCGUGUCCGUGAAUGUAUGUACGCGUAUACAUCGCCCUUUCUUUAUUCUCUCUCUCUAUAUAUAUAUACAGGGUGUCCCAUAUAACACUUUUCACGAUUUUUCAAGUACUUGCGACAAUCUGACAAAAAAAUAUUAUCAACAAAAGUUGAUCAGUUUUCGAAUGGCUAUACAUUGCAAGAAAAAAAGUUGGAAAGAAAAUAUUUUUUACUAUUGUCAAAAUCACGUUCAUUUUUUUAAAUGGCACUUUGUAUUUUUGACUUAACAGUAUUAUAGUCCGUAUCAAGACAAACUCAACGACUUAGAUACCAUGACCUUCGGAUGACCUUCUUUGUCAAAAUUUUCAUUUCUUUGCCUUCAAGGGUGGCUUAUACAGGGUGAGUCAGGAGACCCAGAACACUUGAAUACCAUUGUUGGAUUUAAAGGUACGAAAUUCAGCUACAUGGGAACUUGAAUAAUUUCGAAGAACGCACAUCGCCAUCAUAACGUUAUUUUUUGUUGUAUCACGUUUUUCGGUUUUUUUUUUUAAGGUCACUAACGAUUUUUUUACAUCGAACUGCAUACUUUUCUCCUUGUGUAAUUGUAGCCGACAUUUAAACGAGUUCAAUUAUGUAUCACAAUGUGACCUUUGAAUGACCUUCGACCCAGAAAAAUGGAAUAAAUAAAAAUUAACGUGUAAGAUUCA